UGUCCUUAUUUUUCACUUUACACCUAAACUUUGUAUUUUCUGUGUAAUCAUAUUCCAAAUACUAAAUAUUGAUUGGUUUUAGUCUCAUUCAUGUUUUUACUUAAGCCUUCAUUAAGGUUACCAAAACCGGUUUUAAGUCAAAUGACAGAACUGAUGUUGUUACUUUACACCUAAACCAAGUGCCAAAACUAGUAUAUAAGCCAUAGCAAUAAGCACUUCAAGUUCAAGAUACCAUUCUCCAUUGGUGUUGUAUUUAUUAUUCUCACUAACAUAAUUGUUUUCUCUGAUUGUCACAUCAGCAAUCAUUUUUCAGUUUUGUUUUCCUGCUGGCUCUCUGUUGUGUCUCUCUUACAAUGUCAAACUUGCAUUACUUGUUCAUCUUUUUAGCAGUUGUUCUUGUUUUUCUGCAAAAUCCCAGUAGAGUACAUUGCCAUACCAAGGGAAUUAGACCAAGACGUUCUGCGGGUAAAGGGUUAUUGACCAACAUGACUAGAGUGCAGUAUUCUGAAGAGCAAUUCAUGAAAUGGGUGAACUUUGUUGGUUCCCUCAAACACUCAGUUUUUAAGGCAGCCAAAAAUAAGCUUGUGGCUUCCUACACUUUGCACGUUGAUAAGAAUCCUAGUGCUGGAGAUUUUACCUCAAUUCAAGAAGCCAUCGAUUCCCUUCCAUUCGUCAAUCUUGUGAGAGUGCUCAUAAAAGUCCAUGCAGGUGUCUACACGGAGAAGGUUAACAUUCCUGCUUUCAAAUCCUACAUAACAAUAGAGGGAGAUGGUGCAGAUGAAACCAUUGUUAAAUGGAGUGACACUGCUCAAACACCUGGUUCAAAUGGGAGGCCACUAGGAACCUAUGGUUCAGCAACUUUUGCUGUGAAUUCGCCUUAUUUCAUUGCCAAGAACAUCACAUUCCAAAACACAACUCCUGUUCCUGCACCAGGAGCAAUCGGAAAGCAAGCGGUAGCAUUAAGGAUUUCAGCAGACACAGCAGCAUUCGUAGGCUGCAAAUUCUUAGGAGCACAAGACACACUCUAUGAUCAUGUGGGCAGACAUUACUAUAAAGAUUGUUACAUUGAAGGCUCUGUUGAUUUCAUAUUCGGCAACUCUCUCUCACUAUUUGAGGGAUGUCACGUGCAUGCGAUAGCACAGAGCACGGGGGCAGUAACAGCUCAAGGAAGGAGUAGUAUGUUGGAGGACACAGGGUUCUCAUUUGUGAACUGUAAGGUCACGGGAUCAGGGGCACUAUACCUUGGAAGGGCAUGGGGACCCUUUUCUCGCGUGGUCUUUGCAUACACGUAUAUGGACAACAUCAUCAUUCCCAAAGGCUGGUAUAACUGGGGUGACCCUAACCGUGAAACAACUGUUUUCUAUGGGCAGUACAAGUGCACAGGACCUGGUGCAAGUUUUGCAGGGAGAGUUUCAUGGUCAAGAGAACUCACUGAUGAGGAAGCUACACCUUUUCUGUCACUUAGCUUUAUUGAUGGGACUGAAUGGAUCCAACUGUAGUUUAACUCAUACACAGUUUCUAUUUUUUUUUUUUUUUGUAUUGAUUUUCUAGUUUAACAUAUCAUAGGUUCAAACAUACUUUGAUAGUGCCCUUAUGAGUCCUCAUUUCUGUUGUUCCCUGAAUGAGUUCUAUACUAAUUUUAACUUGUAAUGAAAUCAAUUUUACUUGCAGAAACAAGUUGUGCAAACUCAUUCUCUUUGUGCAGUACA